CAUACCUAUAGUCGUGCCUUGUUUCUUUAAUAAAAACACCAGAUUAGGUAACACAGGUUUGGAAAAUGUGGAUGUUCAAUGAUCUGUGCUGGUCUGAUGCCGGAACAUCCAACAAUUUGACAUACAUCACUUCACCUACCUAAAAUCACAUACAGGGAAACCAUGUUUAAGAAAUAUUUAUUUGACUUGCAUUUUGACUGUUUAGUUUGACCCAUAUCCAAUCUACUGAUAUGGAGGAGGAGGGGCUUAUGACCUGUACUGCAGUCACCCACCAAGUGGAGAUCAAGAUGAUUUGGUUUAACGUUUGGGGAGUGGUCAUGAUGUCCAUUUUCCUGAAACUAUACAUGAAAUCAAUGUAUGACACAUAUGAAGUUCUCCCUGCCCACACCUGGUUGUAACACACCCUCUGCAUAACAGUAGAAGAUGAGUAAGUCCCCCACCCCCAAGGGCACCCCGGUGCAGCUCAGCCCCAGCGAUGGGGUCCCAGAGAGUCUCCAGUCGCCCCAGCAUUCCACACCAGGCUCAGGACCCCAGCAUAAGAAACGCGUCUCCAGCCUCCUGCAGAGUCCGUCGUUCAGGGAGGAGUUGGAUGUGUUGAUCCAGGAACAGAUGAAGAAGGGUGGCAGCUCAUCCAACCUAUGGGCACUGAGACAGCUCGCGGAUUUCAUGGCCUCACAUGGCUCUCCAGCUGCUCUGCCAGUCUCCCCCUCCAACAUGAUGAUGGUGACAGCCAUCAAUGACCUGCAUGGGUGGGAGCCCGGCAGCAUGGUGAAGGGGGAGAGACUGAUGCGCUGCAAGCUGGCCAGCACCCAUCGCCUGUUCGACCUCUACGGCUGGGCCCAGAUCAGCUACACCUGUCUCACUCUCCGUGUCAGUAAAGAACAGGAACACUUCCUGGUGCUUCCAGACGGCUUAGCGUACAGUGAGGUGACUGGAUCCAGUCUGGUAAAGGUGAAUAUCCUGGGCGAGGUGGUGGAGAAGGGCAGCACCAACCUGGGCGUGGACCCAGAGAAGUUCAGCCUGCACCAGGCCAUCUACUCUGCACGGCCAGAUGUUCGCUGUCUUCUUCACAUCCACACACCGGCCACAGCAGCGGUUUCAUCUAUGAAGUGUGGCCUCCUGCCACUGUCCCAUGAGGCCCUGCUGGUUGGUGACGUGGCCUACUAUGACUACAACGGGGUCAUGGAGGCGGAGCAGGACAGAGUGGAGCUCCAGAAGAGUUUGGGACCCACCUGUAAAGUUCUGGUGCUAAGGAAUCAUGGCAUAGUGGCUCUUGGGGAGUCAGUGGAGGAGGCCUUCUACACCAUCUACCACAUCCAGGCUGCCUGCCAGAUCCAGGUGUCAGCGUUGUGUUGUGCAGGUGGUGAACAGAACCUGAUUUUGCUGGAUCGGACCAUCCAUAAACCCAACUCAGCCGGCACUGUGGGCUGGGCUGGCUCCACCUUUGGGCCCCUGCACAAGAGCCGCGUUGGGGAGCAUGAGUUUGAGGCCCUGAUGAGAACUCUGGAUAACCUGGGCUACCGUACCGGCUACGCGUACCGUUUCCCCGUCCUGCUUGAGCGAUCACGGAUGCGUAGGGAUGUGGAGGUGCCUGCGACCGCCACAGCCUAUCACCAGUUUGAUGACGAUGGAGUCCACCCGGCUCUGAGGCAGAACCCUUUUACCCAGCGCCAGCAGCAGGAGAGGACCCGAUGGCUCAACACUCCCAACACCUACCAAAAAGUCAACCAAGAGCAAGCUAGUCCCGGACACCAGCGCACCACUUGGUUGAAGGCAGAAGAGGUGACACAAGCUGGCAGCACCUCCAUCAAAAUAGAGAACCCCAACCUGUUUGUGCCUCUGUUCACCAACCCUCAGGAGGUGAUAGAGACACGAAACAAGAUCCGACAGCAGAACCGUCAGGACAUGAAGACAGCAGGGCCACAGUCUCAAGUCCUUGCCAGUGUCAUAACAGAGGACAGUCCUCCGUCUCCGGUCAGCCCACUCAAAGUCCCACCAGAGCCAGAACCUCCCAACCCCUUCAACCAGCUGACGGACCAGGUACUGGACGAGUACCGCAAGGAGGUGCAGAGGAAACAGGACGGAGGGACUGAUGGGGAUGAGGUGGCAAAUGACAAGGAGUCUUCCCCUGCUACCUCCCCCACAAAGGGCCCUCCGCCCAGCCCCCCUCCUCUCUCAGAGGAGGUGAAGACCGACUCUCCAGCUAUACAGAACGGAGGCGAGGAGGAGAAGCAGACGACAGAAGAGUUGGAGAAAGGCAUGAAGGCCCUCUCGACCAAUGACACCUCCUCCACCCCUGCUGCUCCACCGGCCAAACCACAAGGUGGCACCCCUGAGGGUUCUCCCUGCAGGUCCCCUUCCAAGAAGAAAAAGAAGUUCAAGCCACCAUCGUUCCUGAAAAAGAGCAAGAAGCAGAAGGAGAAAGCAGAGACCUGAGGCAUUUACACACGCCAGACCUCGGUGAAAUACUACUGUGAAAUGUUUCUUAGCGUGUGGCAUAGGAGUAGCAGAUGGAGUCAACCACAUCAGAUCUGUUCCCCCAGUUAAGAUGUCAGUCACAGACACAGUGUACUAAACUCACCCUCACAUGCUUUUCUGUAAACUGUUACUAAUUUGAUCGAUGUGGUUGUUCAUCUUAAACAGGUUAAGAACUGAUGAUUACUUUCACAAGACUAUUUGACCAAGGUUGGAUACAAGGCAACAUUUUGACACACUAUUACUUGACACACACACACACACACAUUUUUUUACUCCUUAGUGAGGACACUCAUCAGCAUGAUACGUUCCCUUACCUCUUUCCCUUACCUUUAAACAUCAUGACUAAAUGCCUAGCCCUAAUCCUAACCUAAUUCUAACCCUGAAAAAGUGAGGACUGGCCCAAAUGUCCUCACUCACAUAAGGUCUAUACUUAAAAUGGUCCUCAGAAGGAUAAACGUACAAGUACACCUCACACACACACACACACACACACACACACACACACGCACACACGCACACACGCACACACGCACACACGCACACACACACACACGCACACACACACACAGAGUCUGUGUUUUACUCCUAUUUUGACCUGCUGUGCUAUCGAAACCAUGACUUAACUUCAUUGUAUGUGAAUUCAGACAUGUUUGUUGUUUUUCACUCUGGGAUCAGACUGUGGUCCUGUGCACUUACAGCUCAUAAUUUUUUUUCUUUUCUUCUACACACCUUUGGAAGACACGGUGGAAGUUUAGUUAUGAAUUAUGCACUCCUUAUCCAUGUAUAGGCACUUGACACAUGUAUAUUGACAUGCUAGUAUGUUGCAUUUGUUCAUUAUCUUCUAGUCAUACUUUGGUUCUAGAUAUCAGAUAGAUGUUGCAGGUAUACUAUGUGAGCACAGGUGCAUUACAUGUAGAAAUAUACUGAUAGCUACUGAUUGUGCUCCUCUGAAUGCUGGUCUGUGUAAAAGGCUUUGUUACAGCAGGGUUGAACAUGGCAAAAGAACGCAGGGGAAAAUAUACUGGCUCGCAACAAAACACAAGCAGCUAUAAAUGCCACUAUUACCAAAAAAGGAUAAAGCUUAAAGAAUCGGUUGCUUGUCAAUGCAGUUUGAAAGCCAGUUAUAGAAGAAACUGAAGGUACUAAACAUUCCACUUUCUUUCCUGGAUUUCUUUUAAACGUAUGUGUGCAAAAUACUUCUUAUCAGUAAUUAUUUUCUGUCUCAACAAGUAGCUGUUAUCAAAAUGCUGAUGUGUGAUGUUUGCCCCUGGUUUUCAUUUAUUUAAUAUUAGAAUGUAUAGGUGAGUGUUGCAAGGUUACCAUGUAUCAGUCAUUAAAGAUCAAGUUUGAUUUGAAA